AUGGCACGGAACAAACAUCGAGAUUCAGGUCGACGGUACGCAAGUGCUAGUCCUCAGAGAGCCCCGCGGCCGCCGCCGACUGUCAUCGAUCUCACUCAAAGUGACCCCUGGGCUGAUCGCUCCACCGCUCGAGCAGUCAAACCUAACCCCCUCUCACCAGCUUUCGGUGGCAGGGCAAGCACAGUUGCCGUUCCCGAAGACCCCAAGUCCACCCCGGCCUAUCUAUUUCAGCAACUUGCCUUAGCCAGGAACCGCGCCAGUGUUCGACCGUCAUUUUCGAGCAGACUGCCAACUAAUGGAAUGGAUGGGCAGGGUGGCGAAAAUGAAGACGAAGCAGACGAGACACCUACUCCGGAUCAGAAGGAAGUGAAGGAGAAGCGGAAGAAAAAAUCCAAAAACAAGAAGGAAAAGCAGGAGCUUGAAGAAGCAAAGGCCAACAAGAAGCAGGAUGGCAAGAAGGAGAACAACAAGUCGGAGGAUGUCAAGGACAAGAGAUCCAAACAGGCUAAUGAGAAAUCUAAGGAUGAUGUGGAAACACCGGUGGGAAGCAAGAAGAAGUCCAAGAAAGUCAAACAGGAACCCAUUGAUCCAGAGCCAGUAUCGACACUGUCUCGGAAGCGAAAGCGUGGAAAAGACGACGAAAGCUCUUCUCAGAAGGUUGGCGAGGUCGAAGCCGACGCUGUCAACAAACUCCGUGACAGUCUUCCCACCGUGCGCGUCUCGCGAGUGGCCAGAGACCUCCAGAGAGAGACUGGUAGCGACCCUACUGAUAUCGCCAUUGUAGCCACUGCUGCCAGAGAAACCAUCAUCGACCUUGCCAGGCAGCAGUUGGAGCAAACUGAGCAAUCAUAUCACCUCGUCCAGACGGAGUUGUUGAGAAUGUUGAGGCAGCAGAAUAAGAGAUUGGAGAGACUGGAAGGGAAGAGAGCAGAAGACUCUUCAGACGAAGAGGGUGCCGAUACGAUCGACCGACCGACUCCACGCGAAGCAUGUGCCCCAAGUUGA